AUGAGCAACAUCAACGACGAUCCUCAUGCCCCUCAUCAGCAUGUACAGGUCUGUGAGAUCUGUAGCCAGCUAAGUGGUCUACCAACUCCCAAAGUCACAACUCAUCUCACCUCGGGAGGUCUCGUUGGACUCCCCAGCCCACUCGGUGUCGACUUUACCUCGACGCUCGUCUCCCCUGGAGCGGUGCUCGUCCCUGCUCGACUGAGUAUAGGCUCAGAAGCUUUAGAAGCUGCCAAAUGUCCCUCGCAACCCAAACCUCUGAAUGUAGGUUCGGACUGGGACCCUCUCAAAGACUCCAAGUACGCCUCACUAGCCGCCGAGAGACUCUCAAAGGCUGUACAAGUAAGAACUGAAUCAUUCGACAACUUCAUUUACUUACCUGCCAACGAUAGUCAAUAUGACAAAUUCUUCGCUUUUUCUUCUUUCCUCGAAAAGGAGCUGCCCAAAGUCUACUCUGCUUUGAAACAUGAAGCGGUCAACACCCACGGACCUCUCUUCACAUGGGAGGGGAAACAGAAGGAUUUGAAACCGAUUUUGUUAAUGGCGCAUAUCGAUACGGUGCCUGUAAAUCCUGAUACGGAAGAUCAAUGGGUGUUUCCUCCUUUUGCUGGAGAAAUAGCGGUGGAUGCUACUCCUGAAGCUACAGGGACGUGGAUAUGGGGAAGAGGUUCUUCCGAUUGUAAGAAUAGUCUCAUGGCUAUCUUGGGAUCUGUGGAGAGGUUGGUCAGUGAGAGAUUCGAGCCGGAGAGGACAAUCUUGCUUGGUUUUGGCUAUGAUGAGGAAAUAGGAGGUUGGAAAGGGGCAGGAAGUCUGGCAAAACUUUUGGAAGAGAGAUACGGUCCAGACUCGGUGGCAUUUCUAGUGGACGAAGGAUUCUCUGGAUUAGCAGAGGAAUAUGGUAAUAUGUUCAUGAGUUUGGGAAUGGCGGAAAAGGGAGCGUCAACGUUUCAUAUCAAGGUGGAGACCCUUGGAGGACAUUCAAGUGUUCCUCCUCCUCACACAGGCAUCGGAGUCAUGGCACAACUCUUGAUUGCACUUGAAUCCCAUCCAUUUGAACCCUCCCUUGUUCCCGCUUCUCCAUAUAUGAAAUACCUAUCUUGUCUAUUUGAAUACGCCCCUGAUAUCCCUCGAUCACUGAAAAGGAGAGUUCGACAUCCGAAAAUGUGGAAAAAGCUCGCUAGGGACUUGGCCAAAUCCGAUCGAAUUUUGAAUUCGUACUUGUCUACCACCCAGGCGAUCGAUAUCAUCCAUGGAGGUGUCAAAGUGAAUGCUCUUCCGGAGUUGGUAGAGGCUCAAAUCAAUCACCGUAUUUCCUUUACUUCCUCAGUUAAGGAAACUAUCGACCAUUUCAAAUCUGUCAUCACUCCUAUAGCUGAAAAACUCAAUUUUACUCUGUCAGCAUUUGACAAUUCCCCUAAGACCUCGGAACAACACAUCACCAUCGGUGUCACCUCAUCAGGCGGACAAGGACAAUUGGAACCUGCUCCCAUUACCGAACCUGACACUCAAGCUUGGGAAUUGUUAGCAGGGACAUUGAGACAUAUGUUUGGGAAAGAAACGAUUGUUGCUCCUACUGGCAUGUUUGCUAAUACAGAUACAAAACAUAUGUGGAAACUCACCAAAAACUUGUAUCGUUUCAUGCCUGCUUCAAUCACCGGUGCGGCAAAUAUCCACACUGUCAACGAAAGACUCAGUCUUGAUGCUCAUCUCAACACCACGAGGUUUUAUUAUAAACUUCUUCAAAACGUUCAAACUUGGAAAGCAGAUUGACCCAUAAAUCCAACCUUUCACUUUAUAUGGACUGUACGAGUAAAUUGAACUUUUUCAGAUGAGAGGACUCAAAUUUGUUUUUCGUGAUUUUGUGUAUAAUGAUGAACUUUGUAUCAAACAUUGAUCUGGGACCUUUGGAGAGAUGAAACGAGUCAAAAAUGCGUUUAGGUGUUUGUGUAUAGUCAGGAACCUUGUGUUUAACAUCGAUGAAAUAAUCGUUUUGUUCAAAGGUUUAUAAUAUGCAUGAUCAUGAAAAUA